UGGGAGGCGUGCUAGGGUCGCAGGCCAGCCCAAGAUGGCAACGCUGGAAGAGGAGUUCACGCUGUCUACUGGAGUCUUGGGCGCCGGGCCUGAAGGAUUCCUAGGUGUAGAGCAGAGUGACAAAGCAGACCAGUUCCUAGUGACAGACGGCGGCAGGACCGUCGUCCUCUACAAGGUUUCUGACCAGAAACCCUUGGGCAGCUGGUCGGUGAAACAAGGCCAGUGUAUAACGUGUCCAGCUGUGUGCAACUUUCAGACGGGAGAGUAUAUUGUGGUACAUGACCAUAAGGUUUUGAGAAUAUGGAAUAAUGAAGAUGUAACCCUGGAUAAAGUAUUUAAAGCUACACUGUCAGCUGAGGUCCAUAGGAUCCAUUCAGUACAAAGGACAGAACCAUUGGUACUGUUCAGCAGAGGUGCUGCUCGUGGGCUAGAGGCCUUGCUUACCGAGCCUCAGCAGAACAUUGAAGCUGUCAUACCUGAUGAGGAGGUAAUCAAGUGGUCAGAGGUUUUCAUGUUAUUUAAACAACCCGUCUUAAUUUUUAUUACUGAAAAUCAUGAGAAUUAUUUUGCUUACGUACAGUUGUGCAAAUCACACACCUUAAGCAAAUACACACUCUUACUUGGAAAACAAGAAAACACUGUUAAACCAAAUUUUACUGCACGUUUGGAUGGGAAAUUCAUCUCCCUGGUGUCGCUAAGCUCUGAUGGGUGUAUAUAUGAAACCUUGAUACCAAUGUAUUCAAGUGACACAGAAAAAAAUCAGAGGUUAGGUAGAGCACUGAUGCUCAAGGCAGUUGUGUCUGGUGGUGCUCGAAAUGGUCUGGCCCUCACCUUCCUGGAUCAAGACCACAUAGCCGUCCUGGGACCUCCACUUCCAGCUUCUAAGGAUUGCCUCUCCAUAUGGAACAUAAAGUUUCAAACAUUGCAGACAUCAAAAGAGCUGCCACAAGGAACCAGUGGGCAACUCUGGUAUCAUGGGGAAAUACUAUUUAUGCUACAUGGAAAGUGUCUAACUGUGAUUCCGUACAAGUGUGAAGUGUCAUCUCUAGCCAGCGCUCUUGGAAAGCUCAAGCCUACUCAAGAGUCAGGCACUCAUUCCAUGCCCCAUUUUGUAAACUGGGAAACGUGUUCAGGAUAUGAACUUGGGUCCUGCAGUGCAGAGCAGUCAAAAACUCCAAGGAGAAAAAAAAUUGAAACAAAUUUACAACCAGAAGUUCCAGGAUUCAAGCAACUUUUAUUAAUAAUAAAGAAAGAUUCGGAAAAACACAUUGAAGUAGAACUACGAAAAUUCUUGGCUAAGUCAACACCUGACUUUCAUACUGUAAUUGGGGAUAUAGUGGCGGGGCUUCUGGGAAGAUGCAAAGCAGAACAAUCAUUUUAUCCCCGGAACUGUCUGAUGCAGCUCAUCCAAACACACGUGCUUUCCUACAGCUUGUGCCCUGGCUUGAUGGAGAUUGCCCUAGAGCACAGGGACGUGCAGAUGUUACAGCUGUGUCUGCAGCAGUUCCCUGACAUUCCUGAGUCUACCACCUGUGCUUGCUUAAAACUUUUCUUGAGCAUUGCUGAUGACUGUCUCCGAGACAUUACUAUCAAUGUGGAGUCAGUUUUUGAUUAUAGUGACGUCAUACAAGAUGGGGAAGAGGAAAUGGAAGAGCAAACUGAAAUUGCUCAAAAUGGCUUCAGUCCCGAAGACAGUGGCUGCAGUAAAGACAGUCAGCAAUUAAGCAAAAAGGCUGGAGAUGCAACACAGGAGACCAUCUCAUUCCCUGUGACUUCAUGUCCUGUGUCACCAAAACGAGCCACUCUGCUAAAUGCAGUCCUUCAUUCAGCAUAUAGUGAGCCCUUCCUUCUGCCGCACUUGAAAGACAUCCCUGCCAAGCACAUCACACUAUUUCUCCAGUAUUUGUAUUUCCUCUAUCUGAAGUGUAGUGGCAAUGCUACUAUGACUCUUCCUGGAAAAAGCCCGCCAACUGUGAGCCAGAUUAUGGAUUGGAUAUGCCUGCUUCUAGAUGCUAAUUUUACUGUUGUCUUAAUGAUCCCAGAAGCAAAAAGACUCUUGCUUAAUCUUUACAAUUUUGUGAAAUCUCAGAUCUCCAUCUAUUCCGAGCUCAACAAGAUUGAAGUAAGUUUCCGGGAGCUGCAGAAAUUAAACCAAGAGAAGAGCAGCAGAGGACUCUACUCCAUUGAAGUGCUGGAGCUCUUUUGAUGGCGGGGCUUUCCCUUCAUGGACAUUUAUGGAGUUCUCCAUCUUUUUGGUUUGGUUUUUUUGAGACGCUUCUCACUAUGUAGCCCUGGCUGUCUUGGAGCUCACUAUGUAGACCAGGCUUGCCUCAAACUCAUGGAGAUCCGCCUGCCUCUACCUUCCAGAAUGCUGGGAUUAAAGGUGUGUGCCACCACGCCUGGCUUGAUGGAAUCCUUUAUAUGAAUCUGCUUCUUCAUCCAUGGAAAGAAGUUUGGUUUGUAUCCAUCAGUGUCUAGAGAGAAGUGUGAGGACCUGGACCAUCGUGUGUCACCAUUCCUCAGUGUGCUACAGGUUCCACACACAUCCAUAGAAGGAGGUUAUGAACCUUUUUGAGCUGAUUUUAAGUAAACUUAUUUGCAUACUGAUAAAAGUCUAAUUUCUUAUGUAUUUUAAUAGUUUUUCUUUUAAUAAAAGAAGCAAAUUAUCUCU